AUGAGAAUGAUUAACAACGUAACUGAAUUCAUCCUGUUGGGAUUGACCCAGAAUCCAGAUCUGCAGAAAUUCCUACUGGCCAUGAUUUUAGUCUCAUACUUGAUCACUUUGACAGGUAACCUGCUCAUCUUGGUGGCCAUCUUCAUCAGUCCAACCCUGGGUUCUCCCAUGUACUUUUUUCUUUCUUAUUUGUCCAUGUUAGAUGGUUUCUACGCUUCUGUCAUGGCACCCAAAAUGAUCAUUGACUUGUUGUCUAAAAAGAACACCAUAUCUUUCAACGGCUGCAUGACUCAGGUCUUCGCUGAACAUUUUAUUGGUGGAUUUGAGAUUGUCUUGUUGAUAGUCAUGGCUUAUGAUCGCUAUGUAGCUAUCUGUAAACCUUUGCACUACAUGACAAUCAUGAGCCGGCCUGUGUGUGCCUCCCUGGUGGUAAUCUCUGGGGUUUUGGGGUUUCUUCAUGGAGGAAUCCAGAUAUUGCUCUUGGUCCAGUUGCCAUUCUGUGGCCCCAAUGUCAUUGACCAUUUUCUGUGUGACUUAAUGCCUCUGUUGGAACUAGCCUGUGUGGACACUCACGUUCUGGGGCCUCUCAUAACUGCCAACAGUGGGUCUAUGUGUUUUCUCACGUUUUCUAUGCUUGUUGCCUCCUAUUUCCUCAUCCUGCGCUCCUUGAGAAACCACAGUGCUGAAGGGCGCCGCAAAGCUCUUUCCACAUGUGCCUCGCAUAUUACUGUUGUCAUUUUAUUCUUUGUGCCUUGUACAUAUCUGUACCUAAGACCCAUGACCUCCUUCCCCACUGACAAAGCUGUGACUGUGUUUUGUACUUUAGUGACUCCUAUGUUAAACCCUUUAAUUUACACCCUCAGAAAUAAAGAAGUGAAAAAUGUAGUGAAGAAACUCUGGGGACAAAUAACAAAAACUGCACAUCAAUAA